CGGACUUCUGCAAGCCAUACAAAUGGUCGAAGAGUUGAGCCGAUUGCAUGCUUGCCGCCUUGGGCUGUUCACAUAUGGCCCUACAGGGUCUUCCACUCUGGCUGAUGCAGCAAGUUGUUUGCCAUGCUUCCUAUCUUCGCCGACAGCUCCGAUAACCCCACCGGAGAUGGAGUCAUAGCUGUCAUAGGUUACCGCAGAGGGUAAUGAUUCCUUGGGAUGCUUCUCCAGCUUUGACCCAGCGUCUUCUGGACGGUGGAGCUGCUCAUCCCCCAGUGACGUAGGGCCUGGGCCAUGGCUCUCCGGUCCCUCAUUCAUAUUGCGGUUCCCAAAUCUCACUUCAACUGUGCUAUCUUCAUUCAUGUUUCCUCAUAAUACCUCUCUCUGUACUAGACACCUUAUCUUCUUCUACUGCCCCCGUAUCUCACACUUCCCAACCAUACCACUCCUCACUCAGCGCUGCGCGUUACGAAUACGACCUCGCAGGCGAUCAUGACCGAUUUCAAAUUUGCAAACUCUUCCGAGAAGGUCCCUGGUGACGGGAACCUGCCCUCCGAAUUCUCCAUCAAAGCGAGCCCCUCAACCGAUAUCUGGGCGAAGCCUCCUUCCACAGAAUCGUUCAACGCACCCAUCCUAUACCGGAGUGUCCCAGUGAAGUCAUUCAAACGGGCUAGGGUUGCUUUCAAUGCUCUCUGGAAAGACAAGUACGACCAGGGAGGCGUGAUCCUGGUUCUCAAUGGCGUUGACGGAACCCGGAAAUGGGUCAAGUCCGGUAUUGAGCUUGCCAACGGCAGGCCGCACCUGAGCAUCGUCGCCAAGGAUCGUUGGGCGGACUGGAGUCUGCAACCCGUACCGUCAGGUGGCGGAGCAGCUACCUUGGAGAUUGUCCGAGAGUCGGAUAACAGCUUGUGGAUCUAUUUAGUCGAGGGUGUUCAAAAAUCUCCCCUUCGAGAGGUCACCUGGGUAUUCGAAGACACAAACGUUCAGGACUUCUGGUUUGGACUUUAUGCUGCGAAACCAUCGAACGAAGGAGAGGAGUUGAUCGUCAACUUCGGUCAUCUGAUAAUCGACUUGAAUGAGUGAUAGACAUGCUAUGGCCUCUCAUUUAAUGUAACCUGAUUUUGUCUAUAGACACCCGAUUGAAUUUUUUUCUUUUUGGUGGCACAAAUAUUGCUGCCAGGCAUGCAACAAAAUUAGUGAUACCUGCUCGAAU